ACGAAAAUGGCUGAUGAUGUAGGUCGAAAGUAUUUGCGAAUCGCCAGCCGAUUCAUAUCCUUCGCUCGUUAAUAUUUCUGCGAAUUUCUUCCAUUCAGUGGUGUUUGUUUCAGUAUACCUUUAAAGUAUUAGCGAUUUCUAUUCGAACUUUAUUAUUAGUACAUAACGAAUAAGUGGCGAGCGAUAAAAGUAAAAGAACGUUUCAAAUAUUCUGACGAAAGUUCCGAAAAGCAGUUGAUCGUACCACUGAAUUUUUCGUACGGAAAGUCGUGUUUUCGGAGAAAAUACGUAGGUAUUUCAUCAACUUUAAUUGAAUAUGACUGAUGAACAUCAGUUGCCUUCUGAUUCUGAUGAAGACGACGAAGAUUAUGUUCCUGAUGGUGCAGACAGUGAACCUGUAUCAGAAGUAGAAUCUGAAGGUGAUGUUGAAAGUGGUCCUGAAGAUGAGAAUGAUGAAAAUAAAAGAGAAACCACAAAGAAGAAAGGGAAGAAGAGAGGCAAGGUGACAAAGUCCAAGACUAAAAAACGUAGAACAGCAGGAAAGAACUUGAAGAAUGAAGAUGAUGAGAAGGAUGAAGAGGAAGAUAAAACAGAAUCUAAAGAGAAGAAGGAACGUACUGAAGAGGAAGAAAAGAAAAGAGCUGAUUCACUGUGGGCUGAUUUCAUGAAAGAUACAGGAGUUGGAUCUAAAUCCAAGCCACAGGACACAAUAAAUAAACCAAAAGAGAAAUCCCCUCCCUUAGAAAAACCAAAAGUGGAAGAAAAAGUAAAAAUAACUAAGGUUUUUGAAUUUGCUGGUGAAGAAGUGAAGGUUGAAAAGGAAGUACCAAUAGAUUCAGCAGAAGCUAGACUAACUCUUUCUUCUGCAGAAAAUUCUGAGAAAAGUGGGAACACUGCUUCUCCUGCAGGAAAAGGGUCUGGCAGAGGAAAAGGUUUUAAAAGGGCUGGUUUAGGAGGUAUUUCUUCAGUUCUUACUCAAAUCGGGAAAAAGGCAAAGAUUAGUACCCUAGAAAAAUCCAAGUUAGAUUGGGAUAAUUAUAAGAAAGAAGAAAAUCUGGAGGAAGAGAUUACUACCCAUAAUAAAGGCAAAGAUGGGUAUUUAGAACGCCAGGACUUCUUACAAAGAGCCGAUCUACGACAGUUCGAAAUUGAAAAACAGUUGCGUAAUACAAACAGACGUAGUUCACGGUGAAUUUUCACUUUAACGCUGUGUGUGUGUGUGUAUCUUCCUUAGCAAUGAGACUCAGAGAUGGUACUAAGAGAAAUACUUUAUUAGACUUAACUUUGGACGCUUAUACCACAUACUUAAUCUAAUUCCUGGAACUUUCGUCGAUAUCUCAUACCAUACACGAAAAUGUGAUUGCCUCGCUUGGCUUGACAAUUGGCCGGAUUUAUUUACGAAGUGGUCGAAAGCCAAUUCUGUGAGAAGAGACUGAUCAUUCCAAUGUAUUGAGAAUAAUACAGUAUGUUAUGUAAUAGUUUAAUUUACCAUCCACGAGCUUUGUCUCGAAUCAUUAUAUCACAGAACUUCGCAUCGAAGCAGGAUGUUUGAAGCUUGAUGCUUCAGAAACCAAUAUAUGUAUUUUAAUCAAGCUCCAGAAUGAUUUUAUUUCGUUUCGGUGGAAAAAAGGACGAUUUAUCCAGUAUAAAUAGUGUAGGUAUUUAAUAAAAGUCCGUUUGAAUGAUGACUGAAUAUACUUAUGAGUAUGUGUCUUAGAAACAAUCAUGACAUUUGUUUAGUUUACGAUCACUGCCUUGGGCGAGUCAUUUGAAAUAUAAGUAAGAUACGAAGUAAACAUGUAGGUUGUUGUUGCAGAUGAAGUUUUACCAUAGCCAUUUUUUACUUUUUCAGCAGUACGUGAAAGUUAUUAAUAAUUCUCACCUUCAGUUUGGAUUAUGAUGUAUCCGUGCAACGUAACAUUCAAAUCUUGGAGAUUCUGGUUACAAUUUUUAAAAUACAUGUAAAAUAUGUUUCUUACACAUGUAAGAGAUUUCUUCACGUUUAUUCAAUAUCAUAACGUUUAACAACUAUCUCAUGUUCAACUUGAUGUAUUGUAUUUUGGCUUUAUAACAUUGUGUAAUCGUGACAAGGUCAACAAAUACGUGGCCAAAAGCAGCGACUAAAAUUUUUAUUAUUCUCGUCAUUUUAUGUUGUGUCCUUUGCUUGAUGAUAUACUUUUUUUUACCACGAAACAAGUCUUUAGUUCGCUAAGUGUUCUGUAAUAAAUAAUUCUUUGCAUUGAACACUUAUCUUUAUGAUGUAGCAAUUUAUAAUUUAUAUUGAUAUUACUUAAUUAUUAAGUAUCGUUAGCUCGUAAAUCAAAAAUAUCUUUUAAAAUAAUUAUCACUGAUUUUGUAAGCAAAUACAUAAAGAACACUAGGAACAUCGGUCAA